AUGGCUAGUGUACCAUAUGCAGUGUCCAUGCUGCUACUGCUGGCACUCUACUCUCGGGGGGUGUCCUCUGCUCCAGCCCUCCACCUGUGCGGCUCCCACCUGGCGGACGCCCUCUACUUGGUAUGUGGGGAGCUGGGCUUUUUCUACAGUCCAAACCGACCUCAUAAGCGAGAUCUGGAAGACAUGCUCGGGUUCCUGUCUAAAAGGGAGCAGCGGCCGCGGAGGGCUAAUUCUGGCCACAAGGAGACGAAGGUGAAGAGAGGCAUCGUGGAGCAGUGCUGCUAUAAGCCGUGCAGCGUUUACCACCUGGAGGGCUACUGCAACUGA